AUGGGCGCCGAGUCAUUAACCGCCCUCCGCGCGGACAACGACUAUAACUACGCUUACUCGAACUACUAUCCUUCUGGAUCACGCCACGACCAUCGAGGAUCAUUCCAGAACAUUGAUGACAGCAAUAACAAGACCUGCUAUAAUAACAGCAAUGGGUCCUCCGAAUCAUGGUCCUUAAAACGAUUGUUGAGCCGACAUGGGAAGCGCAGAUACCGGGUGUUGGAGCGGGAGCCGAAUCGAUUGCGGAAACGGGGGACUUGA